AUGGAAAAUCCAGCUUCUUCCUCGUCUCUACCUCGCGAGCACACGAGUCAUCUUUCGUCUGCUCGGAGCUCUGGCGUCCGACUGGACGUUGACCCGGAUACGUCAGGAUCCAUGGAACUUUCCACGGAAUCAACUUUACUUGAUCCUUCGGAACCGGAUGGACCCAACGACUUUCAGGAUACCCCUUCCCUCCCACCUGCGUCGUCUCUUCUCUGCACUCUGGAGAAGGAUGAUCCGAUGGAAUCUGCGAUUCCAACCGCUCAUAUCGGCGUCGCAUCGCGUGGAAAGGAUACGAGACCGACGAUGGCGGAUGUGAUUGCGCGACACGAGCGCCUUCGACGUGACAACGCUGAAGAAGAUGCUGCUCGUCGUCGUGUGGAGACGCCAAAACCCCUCGCCUGCGACAUCGAGGCGAUCGAGCGACAGUAUGCCGCUGGCAACGACUGGUCGUUCAUCGCCAUGCGCAUAGACCAGGCGCGUCCGUACGAACUGCCACGUGCCAAGCACGACAUGGUGAUUGACACCGGAAGGACCUUCGCGAAGACUCCGCUCCAGAAGAUCAUGGCGUCACUGACUGGCAAAAGCCAUGGUAGUGAUGUCCUUGAGCGUCUGUAUGCGUCGCACGAGAUCGGCCAGAUCUCAAAGCUCCCUGGAGGCAACCUGCGCGUCAAGGUCAAGUCGAAGGAAGCAUGUCUACUCCUAGGACGCACCAAGGUGAACAUUCUUGGUGGUUGUUUCCUGUUCAAGGAAUUUGACGUACUGAGCGCAAAGUACUUCAUCGACAUUUCAAGCAUUGACUCCGAUACUCCCACGGAUCUCAUUCUGCAGCGCUUGUUCCAGCUAGGAUGCCAUCCCGUGUACGACACUUUCCGUGACGUUAACCUUGCGACAGGUCUCACGUCCGCGACGUGGCGUGUGUACUUCCUUUCUACCACGUGUCCGAGUGCGUUGAUGAUCAAUGGCUUGGUCUGCGAUCAGGUGCUCUUCGACAACAAACUUCACCCUGCGCACGGCAAGAACGCACCGUACCAGUCGGAGCGACUGCCAUUUGGCUACCGCUCACACCACGGUCUCGACCUGGGUACGACUGACGGCCAGUUUCCACCGCCGGAAACAGCGGCUGGGUCAACUCCAUCUUUCACAUCGUCUUCGCAUUCUCUACCGAGGCAGCCGAUACCCUCGAAGUCGUACGCACAAGCAGCCCGUGCGACGCCAAUUCGUCAACUGACUUCUCUGCAGAAAGCAGUCGAGGAGGAAAAAACCAGGACUUCUCAGCCCCAGCGUGGUGCUCAGCAUGGUAAGCAUUCUGCUGCCAGCCAACUGGCUAAAGUGCCACCAACAUCCACUGAUACGCUCUCAAUUUCGUCAUUUAACGACUCCAACGGCAAGAUUUCCCCUCCCAGUAGUCCAAAGGCGCCAAAGAAGCUUCUUUUGCUGACCAACGGACCAGAGGACAAUUUUGUGACCGCGUCAAACAAGAAGAAGAGAUCGCGCAAGGCCACUGACUUCUCCAACCUCAUGGUCAAGCAACAGCCGACCCGUCUCGACGGUAUUGCGACGGCCAACUAUUUCCAGGCUCUCCAGUCGAUGUCGGUCACGUUUGAGUCGAAGAAUGUGACGGCGGACAAGACGUACGGGGUCCGGUACCAUGUGGCUCCGGUUGAUGUGAAGCGUCCAGACUCGAUAAUGACCUCGACUGAAUCAGCCUUUUUCGUUGAGAAGCACCAUACGAAGAUCAAGAAGGCCUCCAAGGCGACCCCUAUCAUGGAAGUAACGGAAGCAAUGCUCGAUGAUGAGAAUACGGCGCUUCUUAGCGUCCUUCCGGAUCGUCUCGCGGAGGCGGACACGAAGGUGGAUGGUGUGUGCAAGCUCUUUGAAAACGCAACGAACCCUGACCAUAUCACGAAGAAAGCCAUCGAGUGUCCGCUUGCCUUCAAUAGCACUACGGCUCUCAAGAUGGCCGGGGAUGGUCACGAGAUCGCAGAACUGGCUCAGAUGCACGUAAUUAACCGCGUCUUCAGUGCUACGUGCCCCGGAGAUGAUACGACAUUCAGCGCGAAGUGGAAAAAGCUUAUGGGAUCGAGUGUCCCGUCGAAACGUGGUGAUAUCUUUAAAAUGUGCGCGAAAUGGUGGACAUCGUCCGCCUCGAUCACUGAACUGUCUCGUGCGUCGAAAGCCUUGGGAAUUUUUGAGCUUAUUCUCAUGUCCAUUGCGCCGACAAUAUUCACGAACGACCACUGGAUCCAGUACAUCACGGGCCAGCCGGUCAAGUGGAUUCCGGCUCACCACACAAGGCUCCUACAUCCGAAUACUCUCCUCCGGCUUCUCCGUUCGGACCUCGGUUCCCUCUGUAUGCAGCAGUGGCGAGAAGUGCAGUGGCAGGGUCACCUAUUGGAUGACCUCGAGUCGCUCCGGACGCUGGAUGGAUUCUACCCGGAUGAUUCUUCGGUUCUCCAACUCCGGGUUGUGGAUGGUGACGUGGUGAUGGUCGCGAGCGACCUCGCCACUCGCUGCUAA